AUGGGGCGCACGGAAGCGGCGGCGGGUUGGAUUUGGGCAAAAACGACCAUUCGGGAAUCCACCACAGGGGCAAAAAUGAUCGCCCAGGUCAUCCGGUGGUGCAAAACAACAUCUCAGGACCAAAAGAUCAUUCAUGGGAUCUUGCUUACCUCGAACUACAUGACCACCAUCGCCUUGUUCCUGCACACCUUGAAGUUCAAAGGCUGGUUAGGUCCUCGGCAAGCCACGGUGGCCUAUGAGGGGGCUUACAUCAUCACUGGGAUCUUCUAUUGGCAGUUCUUGGGCACAAUUGCACAGAACCUGGAUUUGGCGCUGCUGUGUUUCAUUGGCUUGGUCUUGAACUUUGGCCCCAGGCCCUUGUGGCACAUGUACCAGGCCUUGAUGCUCUGCUAUCUUUGCAGUGCACGAGCUCUACUUGAGUCUCCUGUCACGUCACUUUCCUCCAUCUUUUCCUUGCCAAAGAUGUUGCAAGAGCUGCUGGCAUGA